UGACAGGAUGGCAUUGUCCUAGAUAAACCUUGGAGACAUAUAUAAAGAUCUGGGAGAAGUGGCAAGAGGAAGUUGCUUAUUCAGGUCACCAAACAGUUACUGUAUCUGUAAGUCAUUGGCUGAGGCCUUCUUGCGAAAGAACUUUGACCAGACUGAGAUGCUAAAUGAACAGCAUGUGAUUUCCAAACGGCCUUUUCUUCACUCGUGUAAGCAGGUGUGAGAGCAAAAUGUUGGUCCAGACUUGAAUAGUGCUGACAGGAAGACAAAAAGAAAGGAUUUCCAAGAGAUCUGGAUAGAUUCAGCCCCCGUGAGAUCAACACUGGGCACUGAAGUGAUGGAUUCUCUCUCUGUCCCGCCUUCUUCUUCCCACCACUCAUCUCAGCUCAGCCCAGAUGAGAGGAAGUUACUGGCCAAGCUGGAAGAGCAGAACAGGCUGUUGGAAACUGACAGUAAAUCCUUAUACUCUGUGAACGGCGUCCUGCGAAGCCCCUGUUCUUCAAAAAUCUUCUCUUUCGAGGAAGACUCCAGCACUUGGGGUUGUGUUGUUGACAACUGGGAUGAAUGGAGCAAGAAGAAAGUAAAACAGUUGAAGGAGAUGAUAAGGAAAGGGAUCCAUCCUCAUUUCCGGCCCACGGUGUGGCAGAUGCUGUGCAAUGCGCACAGCGUGUCUGUGCGGGAGCAGUACUCUGAGCUGCUGCAGAAGACCUGUCCGUGUGAGAAAGUGAUCGAGAAAGACCUGAGCAGAAUCUUCUCCCAGCAUCAGCUCUUCCAGGGUCUGCACAGCAGCAUCCAGCAGCCGCUCUUCAACGUGCUUAAGGCUUAUUCAGUUCUAGACCAUGAAGUUGGAUACAACCAGGGAAGUGCAUUCAUAGCUGGACUGUUACUCAUGCAGAUGCCAGAGGUGGAGGCCUUUGGUGUGUUUUUGAGGCUCAUGCAGGACUUCAGGCUGCGAGAGCUCUACAGGCCCCGCAUGGUUGAACUGGGCUGCUGCGUGUUCCAGCUAGAAGGGCUGAUCCAGGACCAGCUUCCUGAGCUUUAUUCUCACUUUCAAACUCACGCCUUCUACACCUCCACAUUCUCUUCAUCCUGGUUCCUCACAGUGUUCCUCUCCUGCCUGCCCCUAACUGCAGCCAACAGGGUCUUUGACAUAUUCAUGUGUGAGGGUUUGGAGAUCGUGUUCCGUGUGGGUAUGGCCAUCCUCCAGAUGACCCAGACUGAACUGCUGAAGCUGGACAUGGAGGGGAUGACGCAGUUUUUGGAGAAAACGGCCCCCCAGCAGAUGGACAGAGAUCCGGGCAGGAUGAUAACGACGGCUUAUCAAAUAAAGUACGACUCCAAGAGAAUGAAGAAGCUUGAAAAAGAAUACACAGCCAUAAAAAUGAAGGAGAUGGAAGAACAAGAGGAAAUGAAGAAACUACAUUCAGAAAAUAAACUUCUGCGACAGCGGAUUGACACCCUGGAGAAAAGGUUCUGUGAGGAUGCGGUGUGGAAGCUGGGGCAGGAGUGUGCGCGGAUCCGGCUGAGAGAGGCAGAGCAUCGGCACGUCUUAAAGCAGAUGGAGAUAAAGAUGCUGCUGAUGGAGAAAAGCAGUACAGUUCCUGAUGAGGUCAGUAUGCAGUAUCUGCAUGAGCAGCUGGUCGGUGGGAAGCUGAGGGAGGCAGAGGCACUGACCGGACUCAGAGAGAUUAAACAUCACAUUAAAGAUCUGGAGGAAAAAUGGCAGAUGCAGCAGAAGGGCAGCAGUAGUGUGAGUGACCUGCAGGGGGAGCUGAUGAGUGUGAGGUUCAGAGAAGUUCACGCUCAGGUUCAGCUCACACAGAGCCGCCACCAACUGCUGCAGCUGCAGACGCAGGAUCAACUCUGCAGUCUCCAGCUAAAGCGCAUCACCGAGCGCAUGCACAGCCAGCACGAGCGUCUGCAGGACAUAAUGAUGCAGAACCAGCGUCUGCACAGUCUACUGGGACAAACAACUGAGGAAGAGCAACACAAGCGUUUAGGCCGCAGAAUAAGCUAUGAGUCCCAUCAGCAGGCUCCUGACGAUGAAGAACAGGAAGAGGAUGUGACUGCAGUCAGAAAGCUGCAAGACCAGAUUGCGCAGUUGCAGGCCCAGAUUCGGAGGCUUUCCAGGCAGAAGGAAGCCACCAGGCUGCAGCAUAAUGACACUUGAGAGUGGGCGGCCAUCCCGCUGGCUAGCCGAACUGUCUCCAUGAGCAUCCGACCAGACGAGGGGCGAAGAACAUGGGCUAUGAACAGCACUGACCAACCGGCCCACGACCAUGUCCACCAAAGCAGUGAUGUGUAGCACCUGUGUGAGCUGUAAAGUAAUACAGGCUUUAUAGCGCUUUGUAGCGGAGACUCUUAGCCUACCACACCACAGAUGGUCCGGUCAUCACUCUUGUUCUGCAGACUCUCCAUUGUGCUGCCUUUGUGGACUCGAACAUCAGAUCUUGUCAUGCACUUGCACUUGAAGCUAACUUGCACUGGUUAAGGCCUUAAACUGCAGGCUUAUUAUCAGUUAUUAAUCUUGACUUUUUCAUCUUAACAAAUUUUCCAGUAACUGUUAAUAUAUUAUCCAGUAACCACUAUGAAUUAUUCAGCAAUGACCAUCAUUUAUUCUGUAGCUACUAUGGAUUUGUCAGUAACUACAAUGAAUUAUUCAGCAGCAACUGUAAAUUAUUCAGUAGCUAC